AGAGCGGUGGAGCUACGAGCAGGGCUGGCGGUGCCACCAUGCAGAGUGUCCCUGGGGCAGGAUGCCUGCUGCUCUGCCUGCUGCCGGCCAUCCUCGGGGCCCAGGCUGGUGGGGAGGUAAAGCCCAGGCCUCCACCGUGCCAGCAGAACCUCACAAAGGUGUCCUGCAGGGCUGCUGGGCUGCACAGCUUUCCCGAGGAUCUUCCCCAAGGAGUGAAGCACCUCGAUCUGUCCCACAACCUCCUCCAGAACCUGUCAGAGGGCUGCCUGCCUGCACUGGGGCAGCUCGAGCACCUGGACCUGCGCUCCAACCUCCUGGAGGCCAUCUCAGGGCCGGCGCUGGCCCAGCUGCCCUGGCUACACUCAUUGCUGCUGGGCUCCAACCGCCUGCACCAAAACUACCGGGACAAUGCAGUGGCUUUCAGUGCACUGCGGAGUAUAGAGGUGCUGGACCUGUCGGCCAAUGGCUUGGAGAGCCACAUGGUGGGGGGGUUCCUGAGCGGCCUCACUGCACUGCGGGUGCUGCACCUGCCCAGAAACAGGCUGAGCCAGCUGCCAGUGGGCAUCUUCCAGGGCUCCCCACAGCUGACUGAGCUGGACCUCAGCAACAACUACAUCAUGGACAUCGAGGAGGGAGCGUUUGAGGCACUGCGAGAGCUGGCGGUGCUCAACCUGGCCCUGAACUCCCUUCACUGCCUCUCCAGCUUCAGUCUGCGGCAGCUGCAAGUCCUGAACCUGAGCCACAAUGCCCUGGAGCUGUUUGGCUGGGAGGAGGGACGGGGUCCCUACCUACUCCAGGUGCUCGACCUGAGCCACAACCGGCUGCUCUCCUUCCCGCAGCUCCCGGCCGCGCACCGCCUCGUGCACCUCAACCUCUCCCACAACUCCAUCACUUCGCUGGACCCCGGCUCACACCACCCGGCACAGUUUGUGCUGCGCUAUGAGGAGAUGGUGAGCUUCAGCACCUCGCUGAGCACCGCGGCCAGCCUGACCCGCUUGGCCGAGCUGGACCUCAGCUACAACUGCCUGCAGCUGCUUCCGCUGCUGUUCUUCCGUGCCAUGAGCUCUCUGUUCACUCUCAGCGUGGCCAUGAACUGCCUCCAGAACAUCACCAUGGAGCUGCUGAGCAGGGACGGGGAUCGGGACAGCAAUGGCACAGCUGUGUGGCAGGAGGACACAGUGCUUUCUGUGCGCUCCAUGGACCUCCAUGGCAAUGCCAUCCGUGCUCUGCCCCAUUGGUUCUUUGAUGCCCUGCCCCAACUGGAAGCCAUUGACCUGGGAUCCAACAGCCUUCAGCCCUGCGGGAGUGACAUGGGGGGGAAAUCAGGAGGGGGUUCUCCAGAGGCAGAACCCUGCACCGCCUUCCACAGCAUCCCCCACCUGCAGCACCUCAGCCUUCGCAGGAACAGCCUCACCCAGCUGCCGCCCCACACCUUCAGCCGGACCCCACUGCUCUCCUUGGACCUGUCUGAGAAUCGGGGCCUGGCUGUGCCGUGGGCAGCACUGGAGGGUCUGGAGCACUCCCUGCAGCAGCUCUGGCUGCGGGGGAACCACAUGGACAACAGCAGGGCUGAGAUCCCCUGCCUGGGUGAGCUCAGGGUAUUGGACCUCUCAGGCAACCGCCUAAGCCUUCUGCCUACGGGUUUGUUCUGCUCCCCGCUGCAAACCCUGGAUGUCAGCGGCAAUGAGCUGCCAGUGCUGCCCGAGCAGGCACUGAUGGGGUGGACCCGCAGCCUGCGGGCACUGUGCCUGGCAGAGAACCCCUUCCAAUGCUGCGAGCUGGGCUGGCUGGAUGCGCUGCAGGCAGCUGGUGUGCAACUGCCCGACCUGCACCGCGCACGCUGCAUCCACCACAGCAUCACAAACAGGACAGCACCGCUCAGCAGCCGCCUACCGUGGUUGUGCCCGCAGCCCUGGGCUGGCAGCUCAGUGCUGGUGCUGGCAGCUCUGCUGGGUGUCCUGCUGUGUGCAGGCUGCAGGGUGUGCCGGCUGCGGGGCCAAGGGGUGGGCAUUCUGCUGCCCCAGCCCCAAACAGAGAGAGUGGCCGAGGGGGGGGCAGCACACAGCGACACUAAAGUAUAGCCAGCAGAACCAACUGCAGCUCUGUGUUGUCAAUAAUACUAUGAAUAUGAUUAUAUUUCAGGCACCUCUCCCAACGUGCUGCGUGUUCUGCAGAUGUGAUGGCACACACCCAGUGCUGGGCAGGCACCGGGCAGAGCUGGGUCCCUGCAGCCCAUUCUUUGCGGGGAGGAAGGUGCCCCAUCCACCAGGCCAUGAGCAGCGUCAGGAGAGGUUCUGCCCUCUGCUCAUGGGGAGGGAAUUGUCCCUGCAGCCAGCAGUGUGGUGCCACCACCGUGAGCUCGGCAGCCCCGCUCCCAGCUGGCACCCAUAGGGUCAGCAAGGGAUGGACAGGGCAGCAGAUGGGUGCUGGCUAUGCCAUGGGGUUGAGAAAUCAAGGAGAGCCACCAGAGGAGGGCAAAGAGGGGCUGAGCUGUGGAAAUCAAUCCAGGGAAACGGUGCGUGGUCCUCUGUGUCUGUGUGUGAUUCAAAAAGCAGCGCUCCAGGCUGCGUCCCACGGCUGCUCUCAGGAGAGCCCCAUGGUUUUGGUGUUAGGAGCUUCCCGUGGGCUGAACAUGAGGUUGAGAGAUCUGAAGAACGUUGAUGCCAAACAACUGAGCUGAUUGUGUCAAAAUGGUGCCAUAUGUGCCCAGCUGUGAGACAGUGCACGCCCUGAUCCGAGAGGAGCGCUGUGCCUGAUGGACCCCAGCUGUUAUGGAUUUUCUAGGGAAUCAGUUGAGAAAUCCAGAAAAACAAACUCUUUCCAGUGGAAACCUUUCUCCUGUCACUGCAUCACUCCAUUUUCAAAGUAAAACAGAUUUUAUCAGAACUUCCCAACUGGCCACUCUGCUAACUCAUGUGGAAAUCACCUUGCCUGCAACUAACUCCAGUUAGUUAAGGCAUAGCUGAGCUCUCUCCCCUUUUCUCCACAGGAUCAAGAGCCUGGCUGGGAUCUGUGGGAUGCAGUGGGCAGAGCCCCCCUCAUGCUGCCCCUCUGAUGGGCACAGCUCAGCCCACACCUCCCCCUGCUCUGCUGUAGGAUAACACACACCUGGGGCUGCUGUGCUCCCGCUCUGUGUUGCACCCAACACACACGGCCAUGCACGGCCACGAUAGCAGAGCUGCUGCUGGAGCUGUCCCUCCUUUUGAGUUUUUGCUGGUGGUGAUCUUAAAGCCACCACCCCUGUAUUGCAGGCGGGUGGGAUUUACAUGUCCAGUAGCUGUGGUGUUCCCUCUGUGGCUUCGGGAUGGGACCAGGGCUGAUGGCAGUGCCUCUUCCCGUCCCAUCCCCAUCUGCACGUCCUCCAGGACCUCUGCCCAGUGCCCUCCCUCCUGCAGGAUGGCGCCACCACUGCUUCCCAUUAUCACUCCAUACCACCGCCUCCGCUGCGUGACUCAGUGCCACCCCCGCCAGCCACUCCUGCCUCAUUGGUGAGGUCGAGCGUGUCAUGCAUGACACUCUUUUCGUCUUUGCUGGGGCUCCGGCCAGACGGGGACCUGCACGCCCUCCGGCAGCCACAGAGCUGCUGGCAGUGAGCACAGAGGGAGGGCUGCUCCCAGGCAUCCCCUGCCUUGUUCUCAGGGGAAGCCGUGAGGAUGCGGACAGCUGUUCUGCAGCUGGGUGCCCCCACCCUGCCGCCUUCUAUCCUGGUGCCCUGGGGACAGGGAGUGCGGCAGAGCCCAGUCUGUGCUGGGACAAUUCUGUCACAGUCACCCCGUGGCAAUGUCCCCACGUGCUCUGUUCCCUUUGAGCCUGCACCCAUAGCAGAUGCACACCCAUGGUCUCCAUUCCCAGCUGUAAGGUGCUGCUGAACCAGGCAGAGCUGAGCGAGCACCGCAGGAAGUGGGGACAGACCAUCACUGUGUGUCAAUGUCCCCACACAUCAGCUGAUGGGCACCUCGGGAAGGUCACUGCCUCCCGCAGCCGUGCAAGCAUCCAUUCUGUGCUGAGGUCACCAACACCUCGGAAAGAGGAAGGAGGUGGUUUGGCUGAGGUCAAUGGUCACCACCGCCAUGGGGGCACAUCCGGUACCACCCACACCCCAAGACAUGACAGAGGUGGCCAUGGGGGCUGGGGUGGAGGUCACACAUCACAGGUGUCCCCCCUCUGCUCUCAUACCAUGCCUGUCCCCAACUGUACAUCACUGCACUUUCUCCCAGGCAGAGCAGGGGAUGCCUUUCCCAGGCUGAGAAUCCCCUUCCUCACAUCCUCCUGCCUCAAGGCAGCCCCACAUGGAAGUGGAAGAGGUAUUUUUAGCACUUGUCCUGUGCUCACUUCAUGGAUGAGGCUAGAAAGAGGAAGUGACAUCAAAUGAAGCGCGGCUUUGGCUUUAAAAGGAAUCCUUUCUUUCCUACUACUCAGUCAUUGCAAAACUUCUGUGAAGAGGGGUUAGUAGAAAUCACCUGGUGAGAGGCGGUGAGUGGGAGGCAGGAGGCUGAUGUCAGACUUGGAUGCUCAGGGCCCCAACCGAUGCCAUCCCACUGCCACCUGUCACCCCUCCACAUCCCAGACCAGGGCGCCAUCCACACCCUGAGGAGUUUUCCUGGCAGUAACACAGGCAAUGGGGGCACAAAGCACGGUGCUGAGGGUGGGACCUGAUGGCCCCAAGGAGGGAGAAGGCAGAGACCCGGAGGGGAGGGGGUGGCCCGGACAGCAAAGCCACUGGCCAGAAGGUGGCAAUGUGCUGCUCCCUCCGGCUGGGGCUGCCACUGAGCGCCCCGUGAGGGUCGCCCUUUGCCCACCUCUGCGUACCACUUAGCAGAGACUGGGGCACUGCUGCCCUUCCUGCCCCUCCUGCCCAAACCCCAUCGCAGCACCAGCUGUGCUGAUAGGUGUUU